CCACACUCUUCUGACCAGUACAGAGGAGAGUGAAAAGACGCGGGGCAGCUGGAGGAGCGGCUCGGACUAUACACCAACUUCUGCUCUGCAGCAAACAAAACACAAACAACAACAACAAAAUGGCAAGUUCUGCUUCCCUGGAGACGGUGAUGUCUUGCGGCAGAACCGGGCCGUCCGCCGCUCCCAAGACCCUCGCCUUCUCCAUAGACCGGAUCAUGUCCAAGAGCUCGGAGCCGAAGGGGAGCGCGGAGGAGCGGACGGAGGGGAAGAAGCUGCUGGGGCUGUGCUCCCCGAUCCCCUGCAUGAUCCCGCUGCAGCCCUUCAGCUACGACCUCCAAGCCAAGGCGUUAAUGAACUACUCGGAACUGUGGAGAGCCAGUUUCAGAGGGACUUUUUGCGGUUCCGCAGCCGCACCGUGUAAAGGCAACUGCGGCAUCUGCAGCAAAGCGGAGCCGGGCUUGAAGCAGCCGCUGCUGACGUCGGGAAGCAGGGUGGUGAAACCGCAGGUCAUCCACCAGGCCGUGGCAGUGCCCAGCGGCGGCUCGCUUUACUAUUUCAACUACCUGGACUCUGCGUACCAGCAGUCGGAUCUGUUGGCCGGACACUGGUUCUCCAACCCGCAGGCCCAGGCCUCUCUGUCGGCGCACCACAGACUCUUACUGCUGGAGAACGCCAAACUGGCCGGGGUAGGGGCCGACAAGCUGCCCACACCUCAGUACCCGCACAAGGAACAUCUGCCGGGACAGCUGGACCAGAUAGUGAAGGAGAACCACGGCCUGGGCGCCGAAAAGAACGCUGUCAAGACGCACAGCAGCAAACUCAGCAGCAGCGGCUCCAGCGCUGCGGACGGAAAACCCAAAAACUUCACGUGUGAAGUGUGUGGAAAGGUUUUUAACGCACAUUACAAUCUGACCAGACACAUGCCGGUGCACACCGGGGCCCGGCCCUUCGUGUGUAAAGUGUGCGGGAAAGGGUUCCGGCAGGCCAGCACGCUGUGCAGACACAAGAUCAUACACACACAGGAAAAGCCUCAUAAAUGCAACCAGUGUGGGAAGGCUUUCAACAGGAGCUCCACACUCAACACUCACGUGCGGAUCCACGCCGGGUACAAACCUUUCGUGUGUGAGUUCUGCGGCAAAGGUUUCCACCAGAAAGGAAACUACAAGAACCACAAGCUGACGCACAGCGGGGAGAAGCAGUACAAGUGCUCCAUCUGCAACAAGGCCUUCCACCAGAUCUACAACCUGACCUUCCACAUGCACACGCACAAUGACAAGAAGCCCUUCACCUGCAACACCUGCGGCAAGGGUUUCUGUCGCAACUUUGACCUGAAGAAACACAUCAGGAAGCUGCAUGACAGCGUCUUCUCUGCGGCUACAGAGGCCUCCAGAGAGGUGCAGAGCUGAGGCCCAUCAGCGCACUCUCUAACUGUCAAGGCUGGCCUCCUGCAUGUUCAACAGCUUUUCAAAGUCCAAGAGAAGAUGGGCUAGUCCAAAACAAGUGUCCCAGCAGAGACAUUGCAGGGAAUAAAGCUUGACUGGCCCCCAUACUGUAGGAUUAUUAUAGAUAGGUAGAAUUCUUCCUGCACUGCCAGUCACAAGCAUCAGACAUGGAGAAAUCAUCUGCAUCCAUAUGGAUCUGUAAAUAAUAGGUUAUGGAAAUUUAAAAAAAGUUAUUUAAAAAGUGAAUCAUUGCCAUGUUGUGUAUUUCACAGAAAAGUUGUUAAUGUGAAUAAAUAAGUUAUAACUUAUAAUGAAAACUGAAUGUUUGAGCCAUGUUGAUUCCAUUUUUUGAAAGCAUUUGAAAAUAAAACAA